AUGGAGAAAAAUCAAACACGAGAAGAGCGGCUUAAGAAGCUUCGUGAGCGUACGAGACAAUCUACACAAGAGAAUCGCAAAGAAUUGGUAAAAGAAAAUGCAAGAGAAAAGGUAGAUCCUUCGCUUGAGCAACGAUUAGAAAGAAAACGUUUGGAGGCCGAAGAGGAAUUGGCCAGAAUAGAAGCGGAAGAGAAUGGAGAGGAUUAUGAUCGGAAGCGUGCUUGGGAUUGGACUAUUGAAGAAAGUGAAAAAUGGGAUCAGCGAAUGCGACGAAAACAACAAACAAAGAAAAACGCAGAUUUUUCGGACUAUCACGAUCAAGCUCAUAAAGACUAUAUGAAAAGUAUACGUGAGUUGAAACCCGAUUUGCAAAAAUACAAAAACGAGAAAGAACAACAAAAUGGAGAGAACUCAAUUUCGCUGUAUGAUGAAGCUGAUCGUCUCGACUGGGUAAACAACAAACCCAGCAAAGAGAAGGUAGACAACCUUGUUGAAGAUCUUAAGAAGCAAGACAUGCGACGGCUGAAAAAUAGCAAGCGAAAGGGACAAGGCGAUGAAGAUCACAUCACUUUUAUUAAUGAGCGGAAUCGCAAAUUCAACCUCAAACUCCAGCGAUUCUAUACUAAAUAUACAAAGAACAUCCAGGAAGAUCUGGAACGUGGUACUGCUUUGUGA